UUUUGAAUGUGACAGUCAACCAAGUUGUAGUCGACUUAGUACAACAAUUUGACAGGAACCAUCUUGUAUUCACGUGGUACAGCUUGACAGAAACCAACUUGCAGUCGACGUGUUUCAUCAACUUGACAGCAACCAAAGUGUAGCUACGUGGUACAACAACUUGAAAGCAACCAACUUGUAGUCGACCUAAUACAGCACUAUGAAGACCCUGCGUCUGGUGAUGUUGCUGCUGAUGUUGUCGGUGCUGUUCCUUCAUGUCUUCGCUGCUGUGCUGCCUAAUACAACAACAACUACAACUAAACCUACCACCAAGGCGCCAACUACAACGAAACCUACCACAAAAGCGCCAACUACAACGAAACCUACCACAAAAGCGCCAACUACAAAGAAGCCUACGACAAAAGCGCCAACUACAAAGAAACCUACCACAAAAGCGCCCGUUACAACAAAGCCUACCACAAAAGCGCCAACUACAACGAAACCUACGACCAAGGCGCCAACUACAACGAAACCUACAACAAAAGCACCAAUAACGACGACAACAACAACCACAUUGGCACCUACCACAACGCCAAAGAACAUCAACUGUGAGGGCCUGAAAAACCCCGGGGAGGGUGUCCCCUGUAUGGAAUGUUUCUGUGACGACGGGGCCUACCAGUGCAUGAUUUACGACUGUGCGGCACCCAGGUGUGUGGACAGUGUACCGGACGCUAGAGGCUGCUGCAGGCGCUGUCCAAACGGUGAAAACUGCGAGAUUGAUGGCCUGAUUAUCCCUAACGGAAAGACUGUGUUCAUCCCUGACCAUGGCCAGUGUGCCUGUUGGUCGGGCGACAGGUGGGGUGGGCUCACGACCCAGUGUGUGAGGGAGCCACGCCCAGAGGAUUAUGAGGAUCAGCCGGACACCACCCCAGAAGCAAACUACUACCAGUGACGUCAGUUAGGCCCUGUCCUCUUAACAUUCUAAAGCCAAUAAAGUUGGAAUACACAUA